AUGAAACGUAUCAGCAGAAUAUUGACACCGAAAGAUCACCUUGUUGUUGUCCUGGUAAAAUUGAAACUUGGCUUGUAUAACAAAGAUAUCGCUUUCAGGUUUGGAAUUACAUGCAAAAUGGUCACCAAAAUUUAUCGAAGCUUGCUUAAAGUAUUAUCAAAAUCUUUACUUUUUUUAAUUGUGUGGCCUGAGAAGGAAGCUAUACGUAAGCAUGUGCCGAAGUGUUUCAAAAAGUACUUAAGUUGUCGCUGCAUCAUUGACUGCACUGAGAUAUUCAUACAACGUCCAUUAAAUCUCAAUGCCAGAGCACAGACAUGGUCUAAUUACAAGAAUACUAAUACCAUCAAGUAUUUGGUUGCAUGUUCUCCAACAGGAAGUGUUAGUUUCCUAUCAGAAGGAUGGGGAGGUAGAGUCUCUGAUAAGGAAAUAACAAUAAAAAGUGGUUUUUUGGAUUUAGUCGAAAAUGGAGAUCUUGUUUUGGCUGAUCGAGGAUUCCUUAUCGAGCAAGAGUUGGCAACACGAGGCGUGGUAUUAAAAAUACCUGAAUUUACCAUAGGGAAGGAACAAAUGUCAGCAAUGGAUGUAGAUCGAUCUCGAAAAAUAGCCAAUGUUCGAAUCCACAUUGAGAGAGUUAUUGGACGUUUGAGAAAGUUUGAAAUUUUGAACACAACCAUACCUAUCACUCAAGUAGAUUUAUUGGACGAUGUGUUUAUCGUUAUAUGUGCUUUGGUAGAACAUAGCCAAGUUUUCGGUGCUCUUGUUAUCUUCACACAAGAAUAA